UUCGAUCCCUUGGGCAAAGCACAUGCUGCGGGAAGCUGGCCACUCAGAACCGUGUCAGGCGUGUGGAACAGAAAGAGCAGGAGAAGGAGGGUGCUGAUAGUAAUGUCCAACACGGGUGGCGGGCACAAGGCUUCGGCGCAGGCCCUCAAGUCAGGGUUCCAGAUGCUGUAUGGAAACAGAUUUGAGGUUGACAUCGUCGAUUUAUGGACUGACUACACUACCUAUCCAUUCAACCAGAUGCCUGGCACGUACAGUUUCCUUGUGAAGCAUGCAUGGAUGUACUGGCUUGUCUUCACAAUUUCGAACCCACGGUGGCUGCAUACUGCUUACUUCACUUUCGUGUUGCUGUUUAUCCAUGACAAGGUGGUACAGAUGUUUGAGCAAUACAAGCCAGAUCUUGCGAUUUCAGUGCACCCCCUCAUGCAGCACAUUCCCAUCAGAGUGCUGAACAGCAUGGUUGCCGCUGGGACUUAUCAGCCGAUUCCAUUCACAACAGUCAUCACCGACUUCACCACGUGCCACAACACAUGGUUCCACAAGGGUGUGACACAAUGCUUCGUGCCAACGGAACAGGCAUACCACCAGGCCAAGAGACUGGGACUGAGAGAUGACCAGCUGACCAUCCAUGGGCUGCCGAUUAGGCCUGUGUUCUCUCGUCCUCUGCCUUCAAAGAGCACCCUAAGGAAAAGGCUGGGCAUGGACAAGGACAGGCCAGCAGUGUUGUUGGUGGGUGGAGGGGAAGGCAUGGGGAAGAUCGAAAGCACUGUUGGAGCCAUUGCCAAGAAAGCAGGCUCGCUGUGCCAACUGGUGGUCAUCUGCGGACGGAAUCAGUCUCUUGUCAAGCGACUGAAAGCUCGGACCUUCCCCAAUGGCAUGAAGGUCAUUGUGAAUGGCUUUGUCAACAAUGUGAAUGAAUGGAUGGGUGCCUCUGACAUAAUCAUAACAAAAGCUGGUCCAGGAACAAUUGCUGAGGCCCUGAUAUGUGGCCUGCCUAUUCUGUUGAAUGGGCAUAUCCCUGGGCAGGAGGCAGGCAACAUACCUUAUGUAGUUGACAACAACGUUGGGACGUUUGAAAGACGCCCAAAAAGAAUUGCUGCCAUCGUCAAGGAUUGGAUCACCAGCAAGCAGGGGGAACUGAAGGAGAUGUCGAAGCGAGCGCGAGCACUGGGCAGGCCCGAGGUGUGCCACAGAUAG